CAAUUCUCUCUGCGGAUAUUAUGGCUGACAUCUUCACAUUAAAAAUUCAACAUGAGAAAAAAAUUGUCCAUAGAGAGUUGGAGUUCCAUAGAGAGGAUUCUCUUCCUUACACACCUCUGCUCAGACUUUGUGGACGGUCCCUAACUGGCCCCGUGUGAUCUGAGACGUUCACGGAGCCGAUCUCACUGACUUCUUGUGAACUCUUUGCUUGAGAGAGAAAAGUUGGUGAAGAUGCACUGAAACCGAGACAACUGCCAGGGACUCCAGUUCUGUGAAGCGUUUUGUUCAGUAUGAGGAGCCUCAGACCGAUGGAACGGUCUAAACAAUUCUUCAGGGAUGACUCACCUUGAAGCAAAGCGGGAUUUUCAGCCUCCACUUUAAAUAGACAUACAGUAUAUAUAUAUUUUUUUCCCAGUUUUCAUUCAUUGGUUGUCAUCAUACCAUGAGUAGCUGUGAACUAUGUCUUUUUUGAUGAAAAAGAAGAAGUUCAAGUUUCAAGUGUAUUUUACAUUGGAGGAGCUUACAGCAGUGCCUUUCGUCAAUGGAGUGCUUUUCUGCAAAAUCCGGCUGAUUGAUGGUGGGGACUUUGCCACUUUGUCAUCCAGGGAGGAGGUGCAGCAGAACUGUGUUCGAUGGAGGAAGAAGUUCUCUUUUGUCUGUAAAAUGAGUGCCAGUCCGAUCACUGGGGUGGUGGACCCCUGCAUCUGCCGGGUCUCUGUACGUAAGGAGCUCAAAGGAGGAAAGGCCUUCUCAAAGCUAGGAUUUGCUGAUCUCAACAUUGCAGAGUUUGCUGGUUCAGGCUCCACAGUUCGCUGCUGCAUCCUGGAGGGUUAUGACACCAAAAACAUUCGACAGGACAACUCUAUCCUCAAGGUAACAAUUGGCAUGACUCUUCUGUCUGGGGAUCCCUGCUUUAAAACGCCUCCCAGCACGGCCAAAUCUGUCUCCAUUGGGGAGAAGGACCCCACCCUGCAGCUGGACUGUAAGGGUGAGAGCAAUGGUUCCUCUAUGCAGCCACUGGGGGGCACCGUGGAGGGUCCUCGAGUCUUCAAACCCAGACAUUCGUCAGCACGUAGCUCAGGGCUUCCUGAGGAGGGAGAGGGUGUGUCCAGCCCAGAUGAGGCCUUGCACACUGGUCAUAUCCGCAGCUCCAGCUAUGCCAGCCAGCACAGCAAGAUCUCAGGUUACAGCACAGCUCACUCUUGCUGCUCCAGCCUGACUGACCUCAGUCACCAUAGGAACACGUCCUCCAGCAGCAGUAUCUCCUGUGGGUUGGCUCAACCCUCCCAGCUACCCCCCUCCACCCCCACCGAGCCACACCAACAAGCCACUACCACCAAACCAGAGAGACCUCCUCUACCUUCUGCAGCAGCCCUCAUGUCCACCAGAUCCUCCAGGAGAAAGAAGGACACUGUGGAGAGGCAGCCCAGCUGUGUGGACGACACCCGCAUUGAUGCAGAUGACAUUGUGGACAAGAUUGUCCAGAGUCAGAACUUUUCUGACAGCAGCAACAAUGAAGACAGCAACUUGAGACUGUUUGUCAGUAAAGAUGGGACCACUGCCCUCAGCGGGACACAGCUCUCCAACAGAGUAACACCUGGUAUUUUUGAGCCGGUGGUCAUCGAGACUCACUGAGGAAUACAUCGAAUGUCUGUGACUGAAUGUACAUACUUGUCUGCAGUGCACAUGGUCUGAAAUAAGACUACUAUGAUAUGGAUAUGGACCCUUGAUACUAUUUAAUCGGGUGAUGGGAGGUCUGUAAAAUAUGAUUACCGUAUUAAGCACCUGUUUUUCUUUUUCUUUUUUACGUCAAGUUAAGAAAGAACCAGGCCUCUAUUUAUAUAUUAAAUUAUGUUGUAAAUACAUUUACAUAAUAUUCUGAUCACGCUCCUGGUUGCCUUGUUAUUUCACAGUUCUUGCUGUUAGCUGUUGAUGCAGAUUUAACAUGUCCUCGACGUAUGUGUGUUACAUUAAAACACUGCCAGGGGGAAUACUAUGUCCUCUUUCCUGUGAAGGUUUCACUGUAGAACAUCUGCGGGAAGUGUUUAGUUUUAUUGCGGCAACUUAACAUUGGCAACGUUCAGCAAAGUAGAACCAGAAUGAAUCAACAGCGAGUGAGAACUUCAGAGCCUCAUGCACAGGAAUCAGUCAUUUGUGCUCUAAAAAUACCUAAUGUAUGUACACAAAAUACAUUCCAGAGCAAUCCGCACUCUGGAAUUAAUGACAAGUUACUUCUAGA